AUGAUUCACGUGCUCCUCCUCUCGUACCCAUCCCAAGGCCAUAUCAAUCCUCUGCUCCAGUUUGCCAAGCGGCUCGCCAGCCACGGCGGCGUGCGCUGCACCCUCGCGACCACCCGCUCCGUCCUCGCCUCUACUAAUCCGUCCGCCGGUUCGGUCCAUAUCUCUGGGUUCUCCGACGGCGGUGGCCUUGACGAGGCCGGCGACAUCUCAGCCUACCUGCCCCGUCUAGAAUCUUUCGGGUCGGACGACGUGGACGACCUCCUCCGCUCAGAGUCAGCCGAGGGCCGGCCGGUGGGCAUCGUGGUCUACGACCCAUUGUUGCCGUGGGCGGCGCGCGUGGCCCGCCGGCACGGCGUGCCCUGUGCGGCUUUCUUCACGCAGGCAUGCUCCGUCAACCUGGCCUACGCCCACGCCUGGACAGGGCUUGCGACGCUGCCCGUCGGGGAGGACACGGCCGACCUCCCUGGCCUACCGGCGGGGCUGAAGCCGCGCGACUUCCCGAGCUACUUGACAGAGGAGCGCAGCAACUUCCCGGUCUACGCGGAGCUCGCGCUGAACCAGCUCCAGGAGCUCACCUCGGCGGACCACGUGCUGGUGAACUCCUUCUACGAGCUUCAGCCGGAGGAGGCGGAAUACAUGGCCUUGGCAUGGGGGGGCGUGACCGUCGGCCCGACCGUGCCGUCCGCCUACCUCGACAACCGCGUGCCGGACGACGCCUCCUACGGCUUGGAGAUGCACGUCCCAAUGGCGGCGGCGUGCAGGGCCUGGCUUGACGGCAGGCCGGAGCGCUCUGUUGCAUACGUUUCCUUCGGCAGCCUCGUCACGCUCACCGCGGCUCAGACGGCCCAGCUGGCCGAGGGGCUGUGCGGCGGCGCCAUGCCGUGCUUCCUCUGGGUGGUCAGGGCGUCAGAGACACCUAAGCUGCCCGAGGGGUUCGCCGAGAGGGCCAAUGCCCAAGGAAGGGGCCUCGUGGUCGAAUGGAGCCCGCAGCUGGAGGUGCUUGCUCACCCGGCCAUCGGCUGCUUCCUCACGCACUGCGGCUGGAACUCCACGACCGAGGCGCUAGCCGCCGGUGUGCCCAUGGUGGCCAUGCCGCAGUGGUCGGACCAAACGAUGAACGCCAAGUACAUCGAGGAUGUAUGGCGUGUCGGCGUGCGCGUGCGGGCGGACGAAGGAGACGAGGUCAUUACCAAGGAGGAGCUGCAGAGGUGUAUCAAAGAGGUCAUGGAAGGUGGCAAGUACGCCCAGAACGCUGCAAUCUGGAGCAGGAAGGCCAAAAGUGCAAUGAGCCAAGGAGGAAGCUCUGACCGUAAUAUCAACGAGUUCCUUGCCAAAUUUGGUCACAAAUGA